AUGGAACUGACACACGAUAAAUAUUACAUAAGAAAACUUACCAGAGACUAUGGAGAAAACUUUUUUUCUUGUUCAGGAUUCAUAGCAUGUAUAUUUUCAUUUAUAAUGUUUAUGGUUACGAUAUCUGUUUACAUGUCAUUCUGCUUGAUAAAACAAGACAUCAAACAUGAGAAGAAGGCAAAGUUAAUCUCUCAAUCUGAAAAGAAGACAAAGUUGACCUCUGAACCUAAAAAGAAGGCAAAGUUGGCCUCUAAACCUGAAAAGAAAAUUGACUUGAAAGAUAAUCAAACUAGUCAUAAGUUGGAUAACAAAAACAAAGAAAAAGAAGUUUCUUCACCUCAAAUUAAUCCUAAGCAACCAUACGCACAGCCGAGAGAAAUUAAUACCAAAAAAAGUAUCGGUGAAUUAAAGACAACAUUCAAAACAACUAAAUAG